UGACCACGUCCCCGAGCGAGUCCGGCGUCGUUUCCCUGGCAACGGCGUCGGCAGCCGAUGGCCGCCGAGGGAUUUGCCCGACGGGGCGGGGUCUGGGCCGCCUGUUCCCACCUCGAAAGGUUUGCAGCCCAGCUGACCCGAUGUUUCAUGGAACAAUAACAGAAGAGCUAACCAGUCAUGAAGAAUGGAGUCACUAUAAUGAAAACAUAAUAGAAGAUCAAAAAGAUUUUGUUUAUGUGAAGUUCAAUGGCCUUCAUUUAAAAUCUAUGGAGAAUUUGCAAUCCUGUAUCUCUCUUAGAGUAUGCAUCUUAUCAAACAAUUUUAUUACAGAUAUCCAUCCACUUCAGAGUUGUAUAAAAUUAGUCAAACUUGAUCUCCAUGGAAAUCAGAUAAAGAGUCUACCAGAUACCAAAUUUUGGAGUGGAUUGAAGAAACUAAAACUCCUCUAUCUUCAUGACAAUGGAUUUGUAAAGUUAAAGAAUAUAUGUAUGUUAUCUGCUUGUCCAAGUCUCAUUGCGCUCACCAUGUUCGAUUGUCCAGUGAGCCUUAAAAAAGGAUACAGACAUGUUCUUGUCAACAGUAUAUGGCCUCUUAAAGCACUGGAUUAUCAUGUGAUUUCUGAUGAAGAAAUAAUUCAGAACUGGCAUCUUCCCGAAAGAUUCAAAGCAUAUAAUCACCGGCUUUUCUUCAACUUCUGCCCUGCUUUGAAAAAGGGAUCAACCUAUGAUGAUGAAAUUAAUAAUAUCAAACAUAUUAUUUCAAAAAUUAAUGAAAUUCUGGCUCAUAAUUCACCAGUUUUGAUUGUUCAAAGAUGGAUACGUGGUUUCUUAGUUAGGAAAAACAUGAGCCCCUUGUUGUUGUGUAAAAAACCUCAGGAGAAAUUUAUUAGUGAAUGUGAAACAAAAUGGAUUUAUAUACAGAAAGGAUAUGAAGACAGGCUCUUUAAGGAUCUCUUUUUUCAGCCUGAAACUAAUAAAACAGGAAUGCUUACACAUUGGAAACAUAGUUUAUAUUCUCCUGUUGACUUAAAAAAUCCUAGAGAACAGAGAAAACAUGUUUCCUCUAUUAUCUAUGAAUUAAAAACACAAGAUAUUGGUAUAAAAUCAAAAAAGUCAAGACAUCUCAUUCAAAAAGACAUCCAGUUUUCCCAGCACCACUUGUUGAAGGACACUAUCCUUUCCUCACUGUGUAUUCUUGGCACCCUUGUCAAAGGUCAGAAGGAGUCUGAAGAUGAAACUGAGGGUGAAGAAUUGGAUGCCAGUUUUAGGAUAUCAGUGUUCAAACUACCCAUACUUACUUCCGAUUCACUGAAGUAUGCUGCAUUACUGAAAGGAAAAGAGCAUGAUUAUUUUCCUACCUGUGUCCAGCCGUUUUCUACUACUCAUCAAAAACCAGCAAUUAAAAAAAAAGACAUGCUGUUGAAAAGUAAUGUAAGAAAAGAGUUUUUUAUAGCACACAGAACUGGUAUAAAACUCCGAAAACUUUGUGAUAUUGACAAAUAUUACUCAGAACAAAAGAAGCUAGAAAGCCAUAAAAAAAAAUUAGCAGCUAUCACCAUGCCACGAGGUGUCCAAGAAAGAGUUAGCUCAAUUAUUCAAGAAAACCUAAAUAAGAAAAAAAAUGCGGCACAAAAACGAAUUGCAAAAGAUAAUGAGACAAUUCAGAAUGGUUUACAACAACGUUGGCAGGACAGACAUGAUUAUCUAGAAAAAGUCAGAGAGAGGAGAGCUCUGUUUCUAGCAGAAAAAAACCAAAAGGCUGAAGACCGUUUGUUAAUUCAAAACAUAAGUAAUGAGCGCACUCUUUUGUCCAAAGGAAUGAUUAAAAUGGACAGAUUGAGGAAGAACCAGGCUGUCUUACAACAGAAAAGUCUGAUUGUUCAACAAAGAGUAGAAACGGAAAAACAUCAAAAGAAUUUAUUGAAACAAAUGAAGGAAAUCAGGGCUCAAGAAACAUAUAAAAAACACUGUGAAGAAAAAUUUGUUACUGACAUGAUCGCCUUUCAAAAAGCUUGUGAACAAUUUCAAGAUGCUAAAACAAAAGUUGCAAUUAUGAAAAAGAAUUAGUCUUUCAAGUUCCCUGAAGAGUGACAAAAUGAACCAAUGCCACGUUACAUCCGUGGUCAUUUUGAAUUAUGGCUAAUACGCUUAGUUAAAGGACUUUGAAAUAAUACUAUGAAAGAAGAAAUACUCCAUGUAACUGGAUGGAUUUGUAUAUAAAGCUUCUGAAAUAUAGAGAAUAAUUAAAGUGUUUCUUUUGUUGUUCAUAACGUAAAUCAAGUUAACUUGGCACCCCCAAAGGUUCCUUAUAUAUCCAGAUGUCCAAAGAACAAUUAAAACUUAUUUCAUUUAUUGCAGGAAAUAAUGCAAAGGCAUUAUUUAUAUUGUUUAAUAUCCCAAGGAUGGCAAUCCUAAAGCAAUUUUCAGUUUCUCUGGCAAUCUUAGUGUAGUAAUAUCUGCCCCAGCUGCUGACUUUUAUUAAGACACUGUGUACUUUGAUUAGUUUCAUUGCCUACUUUCAUGUAUUUAAUUAUAUUUCUGUUUAUUUUGUUAAAACAAUUUCUGAAUUUCUUAUUUCAAAAUAAGAGUUUUAACAUUAUAUCAGUGAUUCAUAUUCUUAUAAGAAUUCAGAAAAUGUGAAAUAUAAAAGAGAAAUUAAAUAUUCCUUUUGACUU